CUAUAAUUUCGAUCGUGUUUGCUUCUCAUCGUGUUAUUCAGCUUUGUAAUUAUGGUGUCAGCUAACUACGGCGCGAUGCUGCUGUUGGCCGUUGUCUCUCUGAUGGCUGGACAGGCCAUGGGUGGACCAAUGGGCUCGUCUUCUUCUGCAUACUACACCACUCCGGCGUCUUACUACACCACAACUUAUGCAGCCCGCUCUUACUACACCACAAAGGCGCCCGAGUACUAUACCACAACACAUGCUGCUCCUAACUACUACACCACUAAGGCUCCCGAGUACUACACCACGACCUAUGCAGCUCCAACAUACUACACCACAGAGGCGCCGGAGUACUACACCACGACCUAUGCAGCUCCAACAUACUACACCACAAAGGCGCCCGAGUAUUACACGACCACAUAUGCAGCUCCGAGCUAUUACACAGAGGCGCCAGUGUAUUCCACAACAACGUACGCUACUCCAAGCUACUACUCCGAAGCUCCCGCCUACUAUACCACAAAGGCCCCUGAGUAUUACACCACAACGUACGCUUCUCCGUCUUAUUACACUGAGGCCACGAAAUAUUACCCUGCGCCGGGCUACACAACGACUGUGUCGUACUACACCACGACAGAGGCGCCCAAGUACUACGUGGCUCCAACAUACCACACCGCAGCUGCCCCGUCUUACUACGCUGAGCCGACAUACUACGCUGAAGCCCCCAAAUCUUACGCUGCACCAAGUUACUACACAACGGCUGCUCCUUCGUACUACGUGGAACCUACGUACUACACCACAACUUAUGCUGCCCCGUCUUACUAUACAGAGACUCCUCAAUACUACACCACGAAGGCUGCUGAAUACUACACCACGACUUAUGCUGCUCCAGCCUAUUACAGUGAGGCUCUGCAGUACUACAUUACAAAGGCUCCCGAGUACACAACUUAUGCUUCGACAAGCUACUAUACCGAGCCUCCCAUGUACUACACCACAACAUACGCCGCUCCAGUUUACUAUACCGAAGCUACCAGGUAUUACUCAGCCCCAAGCUACUACCAGACUGAGGCGCCACAAUACACCACCCCGUAUGCUGCUCCAGUUUACUACACCGAAGCUCCACAAUACUACACCACGAAGGCUUCUGAAUACUACACGACUAAAGCCCCUGAGUAUUACACACAGAAGGUUGAAUACUACACCACAACGUACACUGCCCCGGCUUACUACACUGUAGCUCCCAAGUAUUACCAGACUGAGGCUCCGCAAUACUACACCACAAAGGCUCCUGAAUACUACACCACAAAGGCUCCUGAAUACUACACCACAAAGGCUCCUGAAUACUACACCACAAAGGCUCCUGAAUACUACACCACAAAGGCUCCUGAAUACUACACCACAAAGGCUCCUGAAUACUACACCACAAAGGCUCCUGAAUACUACACCACAAAGGCUCCUGAAUACUACACCACAAAGGCUCCUGAAUACUACACCACAAAGGCUCCUGAAUACUACACCACAAAGGCUCCUGAAUACUACACCACAAAGGCUCCUGAAUACUACACCACAAAGGCUGAUGAAUACUACACGACGAAAGCCCCGGAGUACUACACCAGGAAACCAGAAUACUACACCACAACUUACGCAGCUCCAUCUUACUACACUGAGGCUCCCCAAUACUAUACUACAAAGGCCCCUGAGUACUACACCACACCGUAUGCUGCACCAAGCUAUUACACUGAGCGUCCAGAGUAUUAUUAAUCGUAAAAAUACGUUGUCCGUCAAGCUCAAUAGUUAAAAAAUAAUUAGAUCUUGUUUUAUUAUUUGCUGUCCUCGUUCCAAAAUGAGUAUUUCCCUGCGUUGUAUUUAUGCAAUAACUAGUCGCCCCAUACGCAUGUGGUUUAUAACUGAAAUAUUGAAUACAGUUAUUAUGUCGUUACUCAA